AUGAGCCAAGCCGUCGAAGCGAAACAAGCCGAUCGUUUGAAGAAACUCAGAGACCUCCACAUCAAGAGAAAUGAAGCCAGAGUGAACAACCAUCAAGAAGUUGUUGAAGAAGACAAACAAAUGAAGUUGCCGUCAAACUGGGAAGCAAGACAAAGGAAAGCAGAGUGGCUUUUAAAUGACGAUAAACUGAGACAAGAGGCUAAAGAUAAAGGACAAGAUUACAACCGUUUAAAACUUUUAAACAUGACCGCAAUGGAAGCAGAUGCCAUUGACAGAAAGAAAAAACGUCAAAAUCCUGAUCCCGGGUUCUCGGAUUACGAAGAAGCUACGGCUCGCCAAUACAACAGAAUGAUAUCCAACAUGAAAGUAGACAUGGGCGCCUAUCAAAGACAAAGAGAUAGACUGGGCAACGCAUUCUAUGCGGAGGCCAACACUUAUUUGCACGAUAAAGUCAAAGAUUCAAAAGAAGGAAUUGACAAUAUGGUCGAUGAUUUGGAAAAGCAGAUUGCAAAACGUAACAAGUUCAGUAGGAGGAGAACGCAUAAUGACGAAGCAGAUAUUGAUUAUAUCAAUGAGAGAAACAUGAAAUUCAAUGCAAAAUUGGAACGGUACUAUGGAGAGCAUACUACACAAAUCAAACAAAAUUUGGAAAGAGGAACUGCUAUUUAA